AUGUCUCGCCCACUCUCACAGGGCCAAAGGCCCCUGUCCCUCACGGAGGAAUUGGAGAAAUUGGAGCAAUCUAUCACCCUUACGAUGCAAGAGAUCGACCAUAAUUUCAGCCAAGCCCACCGGAUUGUGACCACUAGUAUCCUUCCGCUCGUGGAGCAAUACACCGAGCAUUCUCGAGACGUUUGGGAAGGCUCCAAGUUCUGGAAACAAUUCUUCGAAGCAAGUGCCAACGUUUCUCUGUCUGGAUAUGAAGAACGCAACAAUGAGGAGGAAACCAUGCAGGAGUCCACGGCUACGGAGGAGGAGCUGUCUACCGACAUGACACAGAACUCCAGCCUCGAUGAGACUAUCACUCAGGAGACACCCUCAUCACAGCGCCAUGAGACGCCGCUUCGUGGUCAAGCAGAUGAUCUGGACCUGACCGACCUCGCAAUUUCCUCGCACAGCACCCCGCGUGCUCCGGGUUACACUCACGACGACGACGACGACAUCACAACGUCCUCCAUGGACUAUUCCUCCUCCUAUGAGAACCUCAGGAAGCAAGUCAAUGAGUCAGAAGCUCCCUUCGAGCUUCCCGACUCGUCAACCCUCCCAUCAACUCCAGGCCGCGAGCCCUUCUUACCCCGUGGUGUCUCUGCCUCAACUCCCAUGUCAUCCCCAUUCCUCCCACCCGCAUCCCAGCCGUCCACACAAGAUCGCAAGUAUCAAAAGUCCUCCGACCCGGUUCUUCACCAGGUCCUCGACAAGACAUACCGGGUUCAGGCCACUCCGCUUGGGAAGGGCUUCCGCAACGUCGGUGGAGGCACCAAUACUCGAUCCAAGUACAACAUCACGCCAAAGAAGGCCGAGACCACAUCCAAAUAUGGCUACGAUGACUCCCCCAUCUCUAGUCCAGAGCCCGAGGCACCACAGCUUCACUCAGAGAUCUUCUCAUCGCCCAUCAAGGGCGUCGACACGCCGGGCACUCACCGCAAGCGUCGAACCAGUAGCAACCACAUGCGUGAACCUCCUCGGCCGGGAAUGAGUGUUUUGACCCCUGCUAAGAAGCCAACUGGUAAAUCAGCCAUGUGGGAUAGUGACGAUGAUUUGGAGUACGACGAUGAAGACCUUGGACCCAGUCCACCUAAAACCAUGCAGUUCCAUAUCCCACAGAGUCGACUGAUGCGAACGCCUGCGAGAGAAGCCUCCAAGCGCAUUGUGACUGAUUUAUUAGCCACUGCCGGAGCUGGAGAUGUUACGGAUGACUUUGGAGACGACCAGAGCCCGAGUAUUAUCCGCCGGAUGGAACACUUGGAGGAUGAGACUUUCUAG